UCCAUAUUAGAUGAGAAAAAUUUGUCAAAUAUGCGUUGUGGAAUUUAAUGAUCAAACAUUUUAUCUUGCAGGGACUGAGAUUGGUAGAAUUUCAUAAUGACAAUGUUGCACUGAACCUCAGGAGAGAUCCAAGAUUUUGGUCAAUUUUUGGAGGAAGGUUUAGCUUUGUUUCAAAAGAAGUGGCUGCCAAAAUUUUGAUCUAAAACUGUUUUAUUCAGUUAUCUAAAAUUCUGCUCUUGAGCUGCCAUUGGUGUAUGGAUAAGGAUGACUGUGAGGUCUGGAAGCCUUUGUCUAGCUGAUAAUUUGAGGCUGCCAUUGGUGUAUGGAUAAGGAUGACUGUGAGGUCUGGAAGCCUUUGUCUAGAGUCAAGAGUGUGCCACCGACAUCAAGAGCAAAAAAAGCUUGUUCUAAGUAUUGGAUAUUGCUGUCUUCAGCGUGAAGGUGAAAAAGAGAAUACCAAAUACUGCGGAUAAUUGCAGAACACUUAUCUGUUAAAGAUGAACACUGAUAAAGAUGGCAAAAUAACUCAUGAGGAAUUGAAGACUGCUCUUUAAAGGGUUGGUUAGCAGUUGGCUGAAUCAGACGUUAACAUGCUGAUGGAAGUAAAUCAGAUCUCUAGCUUGAUCAAGAUAUGAACAACCCGGCAGAUAAUGUAUCGGUUGAGUAAUACACAAUGGAAUGGUGUACAGGUGACAGAAUCUUCAAGUACAAGAAUAAAAAAGUGGCCAGAAGUAAAGGACAUUCUGAAUCUACAUGAUGACGACGAGCCAAAGAUUUUCUUUCCGAUGUGGGAUGUAAUCUUUAUGAUAUCGUGUGGAAUUGGUGUCUUCCUUGAUCCUGUGUACAGUUACAUUCCGGUCGUCGACAAGGACAGGACAUGCUACUUUUGGGAUCAAAAGUUGAUGUGGACAUUUGUGGGCUUAAGAUCUGCUGUAGAUCUUUUUUAUACAAUGGACAUUAUCAUUUUCUUACGUCGAAAAAUUACUGAUGCUAAGUUUGCUGCCUCCUUAAAUUCGAAGAAAAAGAAAUCACUAAAGGAAAGUAUUCGCAAGCGUUUUCCCGUUCUACUUCGCAUUUUCGUUGCUCUUCCAAUCCUACAGGCAGUGGCACUCACCGGAACAUUUGCACAAUAUAAUAAGUUUAACUUGUUUCGGGUCAAUCCGGUUCAAUUUGUCAUGCGUAUUUACUACACCUAUGGAUCGCUUAAGGGAAUUCCGAACAUAGAAACUGGAGUAGGAAGAUUUCUUCAGGCUAUUUUGGACUUUCUUCCCUUCGUACUUGCUGCUCAUCUAUUUGGAGCAUUGUGGUACGGUCUUGCUCUACAACGAGAAGUAGAUUGUUGGACGAGCGACGUUGUGUGUAUGAAUGUUACAGAUCAACAACCGAUAUGUGAUAGUUACCCACUAAAUCACUUCUACUGUAGUACUUACACCGAGGGCAACAAUAAAAUCAUCAAUAUCAAGCAUUUAGAGGAAGCAUGCAAUAUAGAUGCAAGUCCACCAAUCUUCGACUUUGGCAUUUAUCUUUACGCUCUUCAGUCUAAUAUGACAAGUUCAUCAACAUCUGUUCCACGAAAGAUGUUGCAAUGUUUUUGGUGGGGUUUAAGAAAUAUUAGUUCUUUUGGUUCCAAUCUUCAAACCGGUCCCCAUAUAGUGGAGAUUAUCUUUGCGGUGUUGGUAUCUAUAACUGGCUUGGUGCUUUUUCUACUAUAUCUCAAUGCAAGAGUUCAGGCUUUAAAAAGCAGAUCAGAUCAGCUUAAAAUGGAGAGGAAGGUAAAAACGAUGAGUCUAGAGGUAGAUUUGUGGUUAUCAAAAAAUAACCUCCCUCGAAAAGAUCUGAAGCGGUUAAAGAAAAUGAUCAUGAAAAAUGUAAAAGAAAAACUUGAAGAAAAAAAAGAUAUCGAUAUGCACAAUGUCCUCAGCAUUCUCCCCAUAGUACAGAAAAGGCGUAUCAUGUACAUUCUUCGCUUGGCUUCGCUGAAGGAAGUUGACAUGUUUAGAACUAUGAAUGAACAAGUACUGGAAACAAUUUGCGAGCAUCUCAAGCCAGUGACCUAUACCGAGGGCUGCAACAUUAUUCAAGAGGGACAGCCACUUGAGAUGAUGCUUUUCAUCACGCAAGGCACCGCAUGGACUUACAUCACUAGUAGUACCAAUGGCGCAACAAGAAGUUCCUCCGUCAUCAAGUACCUCAAGAGAGGUGAUCUUUGUGGAGAAGAACUCUUAAAUUGCAUAUCAAAACUUGCUGCCUUUUCAGACUUUCCCAUCUCAACCAGAGUUGUGAAGGCCCAAACAAGAAUUGAAGGAUUUGCUUUAGGGGCGCAUGACUUGAAGAGUGUUGUCUCCAACUUUUGGUGGCAUUUUAGAAGGGAGGAGCUUGAUCGAGUAGAUGGUGCUCAAUUGCCGGAGUGGGAACAUGUGGCAGCUUCUUUCAUACAAGAAAAAUGGCGCCUCCGCCAUCAUGCAUAGUCUAGCAAAUCCUGUGAGAGUAUGCACUGAUGAUCUUACUUUACUACCUUCUUAGGGGUCAAAAGUACAAAUAAAACCUCUUUACUUAUGAGUAAACUCUCUUGUUUAAUAAGUUUUAAUAAGAUUGGCCAUAAAAUGCUGCAAAGUCCAUCAAUUAAUUAAGUUCAA